UUAGUUGCUGGAGGAGGACUUUGGUGGUUGACAACCACACACGACAAUUUCGACAACGUGCCAGUUUUAGAGAAUCGGGAAGCUGAGCACAUGCUGGAUAAGUCCGGCCUUUCGAAAGAUGAGAUCACCCGAAUGCUUUCCCGAGGGGCAUAUUCUUUCCCGGUCAAAGGGGUUUCGAGUGUGAGCAGAUACUAUGGUGCUCAGCUAGCCUCUAAUAGCCCCUGCGAGGAUCGAUUUGUUCACGGAAAGCUUCCUUCGCCUCGGAACGACGGUAUGCCUUGGAUGGCUUGGGCUGUUUUUGACGGGCAUGCGGGCUGGCAGACAGCGGACCUGCUACAGAAGCAGCUUCUACCUCUGGUGCAACAGUACCUCAGUCAGGUCAAGCUUACUCCGGAAGCGCUUUCCGCAUAUCGAGAGUCGACUCAGCGUGCUAUCACAAAGGCAUUCACGGAUUUCGACAGCUCGAUCAUGGACACAGCCCAGGAAACCUCGCAAGGUGCUCUCUCAUUACAAGAGAAGAUGCAAAAAUUGAUGCCUGGAUUCGCUGGUUCGUGCGCUUUGGUCUCUUUGUAUGAUCCUGUUGCAAGCGAAUUACACGUUGCAUGUACUGGUGACUCGAGAGCAGUCCUCGCACAAAAAAACUCAGAUGGUAAAUGGGAAGCCUUGGCUUUGUCGGUCGAUCAGACUGGUAGCAACACGGAGGAGGUUGUAAGGAUCAACCAGGAGCAUCCUGGUGAAGAAGACAUAGCUAAGAAUGGGCGAAUCUUAGGACUGAUGGUUUCACGAGCCUUUGGGGAUGGCCGAUGGAAAUGGCCUCUAGGACAGCAAAAAGACUUCGAACAGAGGUUCAAGGGUCAAGCACCUCUGACAUCGAGAUUCAAUAUUCAGACGCCGCCCUAUAUAACAGCUGAACCUGUUGUUACGACUACCUCAAUCGAUCCGUCGAAGCCCUCGUUCCUGAUACUGGCGUCAGACGGCUUGUGGGAUUCGCUCAGCAAUCAGCAAGCUGUCGACCUAGUGGGAUUAUGGCUCGAAACCAAAGCAAGUGGGACGAGAGAAAGCAGACCAAAGCCAAACUAUGACCCACUCGACUUUGGUCAGCUCAACAAAGGUGUGAACUCGAGAUUCGAAGAGGAAAGGGCAACAAACCAAGACGACAAUGUCGCCGUGCAUCUGAUGCGAAAUUCUCUCGGCGGAAACCAUGACGAGUUGAUAGCAGGCCGGCUUGUAGCUGGUCCUCCGUUCUCGCGAGAGCUGAGGGACGAUAUAACCGUGCAGGUGGCUUUCUUUAACUGUCCA